AGCUCGCGCUAAUAAACCGGAAGUCGUCUUUUGUGGCAGACUGUUGUCAAGAUGGCGACGCCCAUGAGGAGGACGCUGGUUGCUCUUCACAGGGCAACAUGUAGCAGUUUAAUGAAUGCCGAGGCGUCUAUGGACCUUCGGCACCCGCUCCCUCUGUACCUGCCGGUCCGGACUAAGAAGCGUUACUUCGUCCCUCCGCCGGUGGGGGUGAAAGGGAUGAAAGGGUUGAAAGAUGUUGACAACGCGGACAGGGCCCGAAAAGCCGGCGUUGUCCGCAGACAGCAGUACUUUGAGAGGCCCAUCAACAUCGCCUCCACUUCGGGAGUCUUUGACCCCUACAUCCCUCCGGAGGGCGACGCUCGUCUCUCCUCUCUGUCUAAAGAAGGCCUGAAGCAACGAACUGAACGGAUUAAACAGGGCGCCGGCUCACAGCUAGCGAUUCGUAAAAUCAAAGAGUACGACCCUCUGUUCUCAUCAAAGUCUUUUGCAGAGCAGGCUCAGGAAAUCUUCAUUGAGGCCCACACCGCCCUGACACAGUUCAACAAGGAGAAGCUUCACUCCUUGUUGACAGAAAGGUGUUAUCCUGAGAUGACGAGGGGGAACCGUUACAAGACGAUCAGCUGGAGUUUUUUGGAGUCUCUGGAGCCGCCCAAGGUGGUCCACGCUCGCUGCCCCGACAUGAUCUCCAAGGGCAACCUGUACGGCCAGGUGACCGUCCGCAUGCACAGCAAACAGACUCUGGCCAUCUACGACCGCUUCGGGCGUCUGAUGAUGGGCUGCGAGGAGCAGCCGAAGGACGUGUUGGAGUACCUGGUGAUGGAGCGACACCUCAUGAACCCCUACGGCUGCUGGAGGCUGCACGGGAAAAUAGUCCCGUCCUGGGCUCCGGCCAAAGACCCCAUCAUUAAGACUAUCCUGAUUCCCGGUCCAGACCUGAAGCCCGAUGAGGAGUUUGAAGCUCUCAACCAUCAAGUUGCUAAACCAGAGGCGGUCCAGUGGAGCAAAUAGUCCACAGGGUGGCGCUGCUCUUUACAUCAAACCUCAGUAGGACUUUAUAAGCAGCCAUGCGCCAAAUGCUGUUAACAUUCUGUCUGUGGCUGGUAGGUUUGUCCACUCUGGCAGGAAAGCUGGCUUCCUUUGAAGGCUCUUAUCUGUUUGACAAAUGCUGCUGGCUGUGAAUGGGUGGAAGCAGCAGGUGAGUUUAUAGAAUAGCCAAAAGAACUGCUUCCUCCGCUGCAACUCACCACACAACGGUCUGGAAUACUAAUACCGAUAACAGCUGUUUUUUUCUCCAAUUGGUUUCACACUUUUUCAUAUUGUUUUAAAACCAACUUAAUGUGUUCAUGUCAAAAAUAAAAUUCACAGACCUCAGGAAA